AUGCGUUCCCUAUACCUCCUACCCGCCUUGUGCAUCCUCCUCCUCCUGGGGACGAUCUCAUCGGCGUUCCCCUCCCCUGGGGACGAUUUGGCGCACGGUCAAUUCCUGCGGCGAGCUGACACCACAGCAGCCGACAGCGCCACGACCGGGCAAGCCGCCACGACCGGCAAGAGUGCAGCCAAGACCGAUUCCGCUACCGACUCGGCCACCGACUCGGCCAAGGAGACCGCUUCAGGGACGAAAGCCACCGGCAAGGCCACGGGGACCGCAACGGGGACGGCCACUGGCACCGCGACCGGGACCGACACGAACAGCGGGACCGAGACGGGAUCCGAUUCAUCGACCAAGAAGGGCAGCACGAAAACCACGUCCAGCAACUCGACGACCACCAAUGCCUGGGCCGGUGGCAUCUCGAUACUGACGCCCGCGACGACAACCACGACGUACUACAAGAUCGGCAACUCGGUGACGUUCGCCUGGAACUACACCUCGCUGGACGUGACGCCGACGGCGGUCAACGUCAUCGCCUCGUGCAGCCUGAACAGCCACAAAUACACGAUCACGCAGAACAUGACCGUCAAGGAGACCAACAAGGUCGUCUGGGACACGGGCGAGUACAAGGCCAACGCGACGGUCCCGCUGCUGACCGCCUCGUACACGCUGAUUGUCUGGGACGCCAGCAAGGCCAUCUCCGACACGGCCAAGGGCGGCCACCUCAGCGCCGCCAGUUACACCUUCGCCAUGUACAGUCCGCAGUCGUACACGCCCUUGAAUGGAUUCGUCUGCGCCACCUGCAGCGGUGCCCUCUCCGAACUCGAACGCCAAGGUCUCAAAUUCGUGUUCGGCAUGGUCCUCAUCACGAUCACCACCUUCACCUGGUUUGCCGGUGAUUUUGGGGUCUUUUCCACGUAG